CCGCACGCAUCCACCGGCUCCGGCCUCCGGCCUCCGGCUAUCCCAUUCCCAUGAGAGCCGUCGCGGCUGCCGCUUCUCCCUCCCGGCUCCGCGCCCUCCUCCUCCUCCUCUCCCCCCACCUCCCAGCUCGAACCCCGCGCCCCCGGUUCGCCAUGAACCCUUCGUCGUCCUCAUCCUCCUCCUCUGGCGGCUACCACUCCAGGGCCGCUGCCUUUGCUUCCCCGCAGCCGCGCGGCGGUGGCGGGAGGCGGCGCGGUGGUGGCGGUGGCGGCGGCCGCGGCGGUGGAGACGGGAGCGAGCGCAUCGACGCCCUCGGCCGCCUCCUGACGAGGGUGUUGCGGCACAUGGCGGCGGAGCUGCGCCUGGAUAUGAGGACCGAUGGAUACGUGCGCGUCCGUGACCUGCUCAAGCUUAACCUUCAGACCUUCGCCAAGGUCCCUCUCAAGUCUCACACAGUGGACGAGAUCAGGGAGGCAGUCAGGCGGGAUAAUAAGCAGAGGUUUAGUCUGCUGGAGGAAGAUGGCGAACUGUUGAUCCGGGCGAACCAGGGGCACACAGUAACAACUGUUACUUCAGAGAGCCUGCUGAAACCCAUUUUGUCCCCUGAUGAAGUGUCAGUUUGUGUGCAUGGAACUUACAGAAAGAAUCUUGACUCGAUUUUGCAAUCUGGGCUAAAGCGUAUGACAAGGUUACAUGUACAUUUCUCAAGUGGCUUACCGUUAGAUGGAGGAGUAAUUAGUGGUAUACGGCAGAAUGUAAACAUCUUGAUACAUUUGGAUGUUAGUAAGGCACUUAAAGAUGGGAUGAAGCUUUAUAUUUCAGACAACAAAGUGAUCUUGACAGAAGGUUUUGAUGGCGUCGUCCCUGUGAAAUACUUUGAAAGAAUCGAAACAUGGCCAGGACGAGCUCCAAUACCGUUCCAAAGAUAACAGCCCACGGUGGCAGCAAUGUAGAUUCAGCGUUGCUGCUUCAUACAUACUGAAAAUUUGAUUUGUCGUGCUGUAAUCUCAGCAGUUGCGUACAGUGUUUGCUCCGUUAUGUAAUUGAUGAUUUCUGGACUCUGUAAAAAGCUGUGGUACCCAGCAUCCAGCAGAUUCUGGUGUAGUACAUGUAUGGUCACAGACUGCACUUGUCAAGGCCUCUCCAAUCUGAAAGUGAGGUUCUUUCAGACAAGACGCCUUCGAAAUCAAAGAGCACUAGUAGUGCAUUAUGGUGGUA